AUGGCGGCCCCCGACGUGAGUGUUCACAUGGAGGAGGUGGUGGUGGUGACAACCCCGGACAACAUGGCGGAUGGCAGCGGUGUGGAAGAGGUGAAAACGGUGCUUGUCACCACCAAUCUGUCUCAGCACAGUGACCUAAACGAAGACACCUUAGAGUCGGAAAACGCAGCCGCUGCCGCAGCCGCCGCCUUCACGGCUUCCACGCAUUUGAAAGAAGCCCUUUUAGUGAAGAUGGCUGAAGGAGAUGAAUGUGUGGAAGCUGAGAUCGUUUACCCCAUCACCUGUGGAGACAGCAAAGCCAACCUGAUAUGGCGGAAAUUUGUCUGUCCCGGCAUCAAUGUGAAAUGUGUCCAGUACGACAACCACUUGAUAAGUCCCAAGGAGUUUGUGCAUUUGGCCGGCAAAUCCACUCUGAAGGACUGGAAGAGGGCAAUCCGGAUGAACGGGAUUAUGCUAAGGAAGAUAAUGGAUUCGGGCGAGCUCGACUUCUAUGAACACACAAAGGUGUGCUCCAAUACCUGCCGAAGCACCAAAAUAGACUUGACUGGAGCCAGAGUCUCUCUUACCAGCCAGACGUCAACCGAGUAUAUCCCUCUCACCCCUGCCUCUGCAGAUGUAAAUGGAUCGCCGACCACGAUCACCAUAGAAACUUGUGAGGACUCCACCGAUUGGAGCACCAGUAUAGGAGAUGAUACUUUUGCAUUCUGGCGGGGUUUGAAGGAAGCCGGCCUGCUGGAAGAAGUGAUCCAGGAGUUCCACCUGGAGCUGAUGGAGACUAUGAAGGGCCUCCAGCAGAGGGCUCAGGACCCCCCUUUGCAGAUCAGCGAUGCCGUCUUACUCAACAAUACGGUCCAGAACUUUGGCAUGAUAGAUCUGGUGAAGAAAGUUUUGGCAAGCCACAAAUGCCAAAUGGACCGUUCCAGAGAGCAGUAUACCCGAGACUUAGCAGCUCUGGAGCAGCAGUGCGAGGAGCACCGGAAGAGGGCGAAGGAGCUGAAGCACAAAUCGCAGCAUCUCAACAACGUGCUGAUGACCUUGACGCCGGUCUCCAUUCCGUCCCCUCUGAAGCGCCCCCGGCUGACCAGGGCCACGUCGGGCCCCCCCGCCAUCACCUCCCAACUACUUACACAGUCGGCACAAUUCGCCCUGGCUCCAGGGUUGCCGGUCACUCAGCUCGCCAACUUGCCCGUUGGCAAAGUGGUAUCGGCUCUCCCAGCGCCCACACUCGGGAAGCCCGCAACGCAGGUCACCUCCACAAACUCUCCGGUCUCUCCCCUGCUGGGCGGCUACACCGUCCUCGCGUCUGCGGGUUCUGCUUUUCCCAACGCAGUGGAGUUCCACCCAGACGCCUCCAACCUCACGGUCCUGAGCACGGCGGCCAUCCAAGACGGCGGCACUGUGGUGAAAGUGGUCAGCCCCUUCCAGCUGCUUACCCUGCCGGGGCUGGGCACGGCCAUCCAGAACGUGACGCAGGUGGCCCCCAGCGGAAGCACGAUCGUGACUGUGCCGUCCAGCGUGGUCGAGGGCACCGCGGCUGCGGAAGAGCACACCACCAUCGAGGUGACCACAGUAGCGGAUGAGCUGGAGCAGAAGUGAAAGGUGGAUUUGGGUCC